AUGCAAUGGAGUAAUCCGAUUCCAGCGCCAUUAGACUGGAGAUAUGAGAAUCUUGAAUCAAAACUUAUCGUUGGACAAGAUGAGCGUCGUGUUUUACUAGAACGUUCAUUAGCAAGUGAAAACAAACAUGAUAAAUAUAUAUUUGAAAAUCAACAAUUAUUGAAACGAAAUAAUGAUCUCGAAUCAGCAUUACAAGAACUAGCGAGAGAAUAUCAAGGAUUACAAAUUCAAACAAACAAACAUAUUAAUCGUCGUUGGCUCGAAGAUAGUGAUGUAUUUGCUUGUAUGAAAUGUAAUCAACAGUUUAGUGUAACGGUCAGAAAACAUCAUUGUCGGAAUUGUGGUAAUAUAUUUUGUGAUCAAUGUUCAUCGAAAAACACUCCAUUAGCUGCUAGUAAAAAGCCUGUACGUGUAUGUGAUCAAUGUUACAAAGAAUUGACUUCAUAA